CCCAAAACCCUCAUCGCUCUCUCUUUCUCACUCGCUCUCCACCGAUGGCCGCCGCCUCUCUCCGUGCUGCCGCAGCCGUCCGACCCCAAGCCUCUUUCCUCCUCUCCAAGCGCUUCCUCUUCUCCGGCACCUUCUCGCGCCCUACUUGCCUCCCGUCGUCCCCUUUCCUUGGCGCCGUCCGCCCUCGCCCCUCACCUGCAGUAAUAUCCCAUGAGACCUUGCGAGUCCUGGCUCCUGGAGCCCUGCGGAUGAUUCCGAUCCGGUGUAGGGUUAACCGGGCCGGUGACUCUGGUUACUCGCCCCUCAACUCCGGCUCCGGCUCCGGCUCUGGGUCGGGGUUUACUGACAGGCCUCCCGCGGAAAUGGCGCCGCUGUUCCCUGGUUGCGAUUACGAGCACUGGCUCAUCGUCAUGGACAAGCCUGGCGGCGAGGGGGCUACCAAGCAGCAGAUGAUCGAUUGCUACAUCCAAACCCUAGCCAAGGUUGUCGGAAGUGAGGAAGAAGCUAAGAAGAAAAUAUACAAUGUUUCUUGUGAGAGGUACUUUGGGUUUGGUUGUGAGAUUGAUGAGGAGACAUCUAACAAGCUGGAAGGUCUUCCAGGUGUUCUGUUUGUCCUUCCAGAUUCUUAUGUUGAUGCUGAAAACAAAGACUAUGGAGCUGAAUUGUUUGUGAAUGGAGAAAUAGUUCAAAGAUCCCCUGAGAGACAGAGGAGGGUCGAACCAGUCCCUCAGAGAGCUCAAGAUAGACCAAGAUACAAUGAUAGGACGAGAUAUGUGAGGCGGAGGGAGAACCAGCGUGGAUAGGGCUUCACAUAAUUGUUGAUCCAGCUUAGCUAAGUGUCAAUAUGGUGAUAGUGCUGGUUGCGUUAUCCUUCUUAUCUUGAAGCAAUUUGCAGCCAGACCCUACCGAAUGUUCUUGUUCAGAUUGUCUUGGUUGAACACUCUCUAUGUCAUAUGUGCUGGUCUUUUUUAGACUGGGUGCCCUACUUACUCUGCAGACUUAUCUAAUAUUCAGCUUUAGACCUCUGUUUUCUCCUGCUGGUGUUGGCUGUUAAAUAUGAAAGAUUAUGCCUUCUGAUGA